UUUGCACUCCACUCUUCAAGACAACAAACAGAAUGCAUCUCUUGAAUCACCGUUUCCGUCACUUCAUCGUCACCAACAUCAAACCGUCCCUCAUCCUCCAAUUUCACACUUCACAAUCCAAAACCACAACAAAACCGUCAUUCCCCAAUCAUCAAACCCCUAAAACACCAAACCCAGAUCAUGAACAACUCACACUCAACCAGUCAACGAUCCUCGAAACUCUAUCAUGUUACAACAACGACUGGAAACGCGCAAUGGAUUUCUUCAACUGGGUCGAAUCAGAACACGGGUUCAAACACACAACAGAAACCUACAAUCACAUGAUCGAUAUACUGGGUAAAUUCUUCGAAUUUGAUCUUGCACGCCAACUGAUCGACGAAAUGCCUGAGAGAGACCACACCACAUUUCGUGUAAUGUUUAAGCGGUAUGCUUCCGCACACCUUGUUCAAGAAGCAAUUGAUUGUUAUAAGAAGUUGGGUGAGUUUAGUUUGAAAGAUGAAACGUCUUUCUUGAAUCUUGUUGAUGCGUUGUGUGAGUAUAAGCAUGUGAUUGAAGCAGAAGAGUUAUGUUUAGGAAAAGAAUCAAAAGAUGAGAAAUUUAAGGAUGUUAUUGGGAGUUUUGAAAUGGGUACUAAAGUUUAUAACAUGAUUCUUCGUGGAUGGUUUAAGAUGAGGUGGUGGGGAAAGUGUAGAGAGUUUUGGGAACGAAUGGAUAAAGACGGGGUUUGUAAAGAUUUGUAUUCGUAUUCGAUAUAUAUGGAUGUUCAAAGCAAGAGUGGGAAGCCAUGGAAGGCGGUGAAGUUGUAUAAAGAGAUGAAGAAGAAGAAAGGGAUUAAAUUGGAUGUGGUGGCGUACAACACUGUUAUUCAAGCGAUUGGUGUCUCGGAAGGUGUUGAUGUGGCUGUCAAUCUUGGUCGUGAGAUGGUCGAAUUGGGUUGUGAACCGAAUGUUGUAACAUACAAUAUAAUCAUUAAGCUUUUGUGUGAAAACGGGAGGGUUAGGGAGGCAUACAAGGUGCUCGAUAAAAUGUCUAAGAGAAGGUGUGCGCCGAAUGUUAUUACCUAUCAUUGCAUUUUCAGGUGCCUGGAGAAGCCUAAUGAGAUUCUCGGGCUUCUUGAUAGGAUGAUUGAUAGUGGUGUAAGUCCGAAUAUUGACACGUAUGUAAUGCUUAUAAGGAAAUUUGGGCGAUGGGGUUUUCUUCGACCAGUUUUUAUAGUUUGGAAGAAAAUGGAAGAUCAUGGUUUGAGUCCGAACGAGUUUGCGUAUAAUGCUUUGAUUGAUGCGUUGGUAGAAAAGGGUAUGAUUGAUAUGGCUAGGAAAUACGACGAAGAGAUGUUGGCGAAAGGGCUCUCGGCUAAGCUGAGACCAGAGCUAGUGAAGGGAGAAUGUGACGAUUGAUGUGUUUUAGAAGAAACAAAAAUGAACGCACAAACUUGUCAUUUGUGAGAUACCAGUGUUAUGAUGGAAAAAGAAACCAUCGCCCGAUCCCUUUCGAUUCUGCUUCGUUAUUGUUCGUGCAAUGCUUGAUGCCACCAGUGAUCUCAUCAUCGAUUCAUCUCAACCUGCUUUUGUCGAUGUCGUUCGUCAUUUGAGGAGUUGUUGCUUGGUCCCUGCAAGUGCAACCAGAUAUACAAGAAAAAUCGAUUUGUUUCUGAGUUUUAAAUAGAGUUCUCAAGGUGGUGACAAGCUUUGGACUACAAGAUCAUUUUUUUCUUUCUCAAAUCAUCUUGCCUUGCUUGCUAAGUAUGGAGAUGCACUACAAUGAAAGACAUAAAACUUUUAAAGACACAACAUGCGGUACAAGUGGACUAUACUACUUUUAUAAAAAAGGGAAUUGAUCACAUAUUCCCAAAGGGGAGACUCUAAGCCGUCCAUCUCAAUACCGUUCAAGGAGCAAAUUACAAUUGAUCACAUAUUCCUAGAUGUGUGGGAUCAGCAGGAAGCUCCCUAUUAUGUUUUAUAUGCAACAGCUCAAUUCCUUACGCUGCUUUACCGUACUUGGAAACCAGACCAAUUUGGAGAGAUUAUAUUUCCCCCCAAGAACUGCUAAACUUCCCGUGUCGUCGCACAAAGUAAAUUGAAAAAUAUCUUACUAGAACACGUGGGCUUUACAGCCUACAAAAACAACCUUUUCUAAAAGUAGCUGAGGUUAAUCCAGAACCAUUAGAUGCACCGGCAAUGAAAUACGGCAUUAAAAGGUUAACCUAUUAUGAGACCCCAAAAAAAAUUCGACAAGCCUUAAUACGCAACUUCGGUAACGAGGGACCGAAAUUUCCGAUAAUUGCAGGGUGUGCGAUGUAUGAUUUCCCACCGAUUUCUGUGCGCAAAGCAACUGCAAGGUACCCUUUUCAGCGAUAAUAUCCCAUGAAGGAAGAUGAUGAUCCUGGUCAUCAUUGUGUUGUUAUAACUGGUAUAUACGUGGCAUCUGUUGAGACUAAAAAAAUUGCGGUUCAAAUUAAAAACUCUCAUGGCUAUGAUUGUGGAAACGCUAGAAAAAGCUAGGUAACGGAAGUUUUUUUAGAGUCAUUGGGGUACCAAAGAUGGCAAACUCGAAGCCAUAUUGAUAUUGAAAAAAAUCUAAACAGGAUGUUAAGGUUUUGCGUCAUGUUAAUAUGACGAAUUAUGUUAAUUGGAGUAUUGAGUGGUUAACUUUUAGUUUGUCUUUUCAGGAACAUUGUUUAUUUAUAAAAUAUUUUGCAUUCUUGCUUAAUCAAUAGGAAUUUUGUGUUUUGUUUUACUAUUGGUUAUGUAACUUUUAUUUUAUCUAAAACAUUAUUAGGUGAUUC